AUGGCUGCCGCGGCGAGCAAUGAUGCUAAGCCCAGCGGUGUUGCCCACGCGCAAGCCGCCAUCAAGUUCACCAAGCAAGCAGAGAAGUUGUCGCAUCGUACAAUAGCAGACGAUGAGCACCCGGCAUCAACGGCGGUCGAGGCCCAAUUCGUAACCCCCCACGACCCCGUCAUAGUUACCGCCGACGGCGGAAGACUUCCCGCCGUGCCGCUCGAAGAGGCAUGGAAACUAAACGUGCUAAAAGACGACUUGCAUGAGCAGAGCCCCAAAGAUGCAAUUGGCGAAGGGCGACGUCUCUCGAGAGACCAGGGGGGGAAACAGAAUGGCACAGAGAAAAUGACGGUAGAUUUGGAUGAGUCGGCUGGUCUUGAUAGCCGUCAUAUACACAGGCAGACCGAGGGUUCAAUCAGCAGGACCAUGCCACCUUCGCAUACCAAUCCGCUAUUUCCACCUCUGCCAUUAUAUGGCCCAGCUUCCCUUUUGCGAAACUUGCAGUGUCUGACAUUUCGGGUCACCUCUUUUUUUCUCAGCACUGCAUUUCUAGGGGUUAUUGUGCUCGGUUCAUUAUUCACGAGUAUCGUACCGGCGCUUUCUCGAACAUGGAAGAGACUACUCUUGAAGAACCCCGAUGCCGAGCGGCCCUUCUACAAGAAAGAGAUGCAAAGAAGGAAGACACGAGAAGACAUUGAAAAGUCUUGGCGGCGCAGAAAGUCCAAGGAGAGAGCAAGCGUGGAUAGAGAAGAUCCCGUUUCACAGGAUGGGUAUAUCCCUACGGAGGGAGGCCCAGACCCGGUGAUUUGCGAUGUAGGGUACUAUGCUCGAAGAGUUGGUCUGGACAUGGAGGAGUUUCAAGUCGAGACUGAAGAUGGCUUCAUUAUCGACUUGUGGCAUAUCUACGACCCUAAAGAAUACAAAAGAUUAGAUGACAAGGAUCGAGCGUCGCGGGGCCCCGAACUCUUCACAGGCGAGAGCAGAGACAGACCCGAUAAAUCUGAAAGGAAGCGCAAGUUUCCGGUACUCCUUAUGCACGGCUUGCUUCAAAGUUCGGGCGCUUAUUGCGUCAAUGACGACGACUCACUGGCGUUCUACUUGUGCAAAUCAGGCUACGACGUGUGGCUAGGAAACAACAGGUGCGGAUUCAAGCCCAAGCACGUACUCCUGGAAUACAACGACCCGAGGAUGUGGUGUUGGAAUAUUCGACAGAUGGGGGUCUUUGACCUGCCGGCGUUGACUUCAAGGGUUCUCUACGAGACAGGCUUUGAAAAGAUCGGACUGAUCUGCCACUCCCAGGGAACGACGCAGACGUUUGUGGCACUUGCCAAGGAGCAGAGGCCAGAGCUGGGCGAGAAGCUGACGGUGUUCUGUGCUCUCGCGCCAGCGACGCACGCUGGGCCGCUCAUUGGCAAAAUGUACUUCAAAUUCAUGAGAGUCAUUACGCCCUCCAUGUUUCGGCUCAUGUUUGGUAUCCAUGCUUUUAUUCCCCUAAUGAUGGUCGCGCACUCAAUUGUGCCCGCUGAUAUUUACGGCUGGCUGGGUUACAAGGUCUUUUCUUUUCUGUUCAACUGGUCCGAUACGAGGUGGGAUCGAGCACUCAAAAAUCGCAUGUUUCAGUUUGCUCCAGUCUAUGUCAGCGCUGAGUCGAUGCGCUGGUGGCUUGGUCGGGAAUGCUUCGCGAAGCACAAGUGUAUUCUACAGACCAAAGAAGAGUGGAAGGCGGAAGAGCGCGAGGAUAUGGCAACCGAUGGACCGCUCGGCGACCCCACGGAUAGACCCAUGUCAAGAAGGGACUCAAUUAUUGGCAGCCGACCAUCUUCGAGUCACCAUCAGCAGCACUCGAAGAGAAAGUCAAAGGGUUCGACAGCAUGGUAUUCCGAACAAGCACCACCCUUUGCCUUGUGGGUCGCUGGCGACGAUGACUUGGUAGACGGUAGGAAGUUGUUAAGACGGUUCGAGCGAGGCCGUGAGCCACAUGUCGAUAUAGUACAUAGCAAGGUAAUCCCUGAGUACGAACAUCUCGAUGUGAUUUGGGCAAUGGAUGCCGUGGAUCAAGUCUUCGGCGAAAUUCGCGAGGUUUUGUGGAAGACCUGCAACGCUCGAGACCAGUGUCGGGUUCCCAAGGGCUGCGAGACCGUGUCUGCAUGGCAGCCUCAGAGUCGCGGCGAACCCGCAGAUGAUAGCGGUCAGUCGAGCAGCGAAUCUCCAUCUUGA